GCCAGCACUCCGCCAAACAACCAACAAAGGGCCUUCGAGACUCACCCCACCGACCAUGGCCAUGGCCUUAGACUCUACGACUAUUCCUAGCGGUCUUGCCGCGUAAUGGCUAGCCAGAAAAGAAAGCGCAACUCGACACGACGACAAUCGAACAAGCGACCCAAGUACACCACGUCAAGCGAUAGCGAUCAUACCAGAGACAACAGUAGUCCAUGGUGGGAGGCAGAAGAUAUCUUAGAAGAGCGAAUACGUGGAGGGAAGCGACAGUACUUGAUCAAAUGGAAAGGCACUGAUCCCGCCACCGGGCAAGACUAUUCACCAAGUUGGGAGCCGGAGGAGUACGCCAACGAACUACUUGUCGUAUCUUGGGAGCAAGAAAAAGCCCGCUGCAGGGAAAUACACAGUGUAGGAGGAACUCCUAAACCUAGUAGAGGAAACGAGCGUUCGACAAACCAGCAGGCGCGUCAACAUCCUCGGCGCAACCGCAUACCGCGCUCGUCUACCCUAGUCUCCGUACCAUCGAAACCAACACGCGACAGCGCUUCUCCAACUGCAGAUAGUACCGUCACGACACCAAUUGGCACCUUUGCGUCUUGGCAACGUGUAUCGCCGCGCAUACAUAUCGCGCCGCGGGGCAGCAGCUUCGACCCCGACCAGUUCGAGCCACACUCCCAGAUAACUACACAACAAAGUGCUUCUACACAAUCGGGUACCCAAGAGACCGAUCUCGACAGCUCGCAACUCUUCGCCGCAGGACAACCCUUCUCCACUGGCAUCGUACCCGACUCUGAGAGCUCAGCAAGUGAGGCGAGCUUCAUACCUGCCACACAACAGACGGGAGAUACUAACCCACAGAGCACGGAUACGAACGAAUCACACGCGGAGGAGGAACUUUCGGACGACUCGGGUGUUUUUGAAAUCAUUCAAGAAGGUGCAUCACGCGACGUGUCACCCGCGAGCUCAAUUCCUGAGACCAUACCUGACACUGUGACGGAUUCACAGAGCCAGCACCGGAGAACCGAUAUAGAAGAUCAGCGUGUGAUUCUGGAUACAUUUGAGAUUGUCGAGAGCUCGUCACAGGCUGCGCAGGUUGUGGCUGAGGACGAAGGACAGAGCAUUGACCAGGAACACGGACAGCAAAUCAUUGCGGAGUCGCAGAGCGAACAACAACAGAACGAGCCUACGCUGCAGCACCACGAUACGUUACCAAGGACCGUUGCGGGUGCCUCGCAGCCUGCUUUAGAAACCACUUUUCCGGUUGAUGUGAAUUCCACAACUCAACGAGAACGAGACCGAUCUAUUAAUCAAGCGCGAGACGCAAUAAUUGGAAGUGCUGCUAUUCCCGACGACGCGGAAGAGGGAGUCCGAGCUGUACCAGAAAACAACCCUUGUCAAUCAGGGUAUCCGGAAGAAAAUCAAAACAUCAAUACCACUUUGGAGCAGUCAUUUGCCGGUGAGGCUCACGAGAUAUCUCGAACUCGAUCCUCCCAGCGGAUCGGUCUUCGUGGCAGCCAGGCCAGUCUAGCUGAACAGUCCGUACUAGAGGAGAACGCCCAGUUCCCAUUUCACUCUCAACACUCUCUACAUCGCUUUCAAACUGCUCCGCAAGUCCCUAAUCAAUCUCUCAAUCAAGAAGACAGUUUUAGCCCGCAAGACAUUACAGACGUAAAAUUAGGUGGCCACGCAGAGCGAUCAGCGCGGCUAGAAGAAGUACAAGUUCAAGCGAGUGCUGACAGCUUCACGAUCCCGGAACCCUCUCACGACGCUCCUAUACAGUCAGAACCACCAGGGCCAGGUUCAUCUUCGCCCCUUCGGGAGCAAGGCGGCGAUCCUAUAAACGAGAGUUUAGAUCUAGGAUACACUCACCGCUUGUUACAACUUGUUACGGAAGGCACCAACAGACGACGCGAUUUCGAGCUCCACUCACAGGCACGUCUCUCACCUCCCCAGUGCACGGACCUCCGCGAACAAAACGCCCAAGUCUUACCUGUUGAAACAGACUUCAGCACGCAAGAGGAUACUACCGAAAGCAUACGGUCAACCAUUGAGGAGGAUUACGUUGCCCAUCGCGCCAGCUCUGAGUCACGACACGACUCAUCCCAGGAAACACCAGAGAAGCCAUUAAGACCAGAACAGUAUAGUUCAUCUCCCAUACAAGCGCCACCGAGCCAUUUGCCAGACACUCUCAACUCCAAACCACCCACCAGACCGACUACACCAGUCCCUAUCUCUUCACUAUCAAAUAUGGCGGGCCACAGCACCGGAGAAGAGGUUGCACGACAACUCAAGGAGCUAAUUGCGCAAGCGCAAGCAGAGAACCCAUUCACCCCUAGUAGACGUCGCAUCACAUCAUCUUUUACGCCUUCUACAGCUCCGACCCCGGAAAUUCCAACAUCUAUACCCACCUCAGCAAGAAGAUUGUUCAAGGCAAAUGCUUCGCCUUCUACACUAGCCGCAGAAGGAACAAGAUCACCUUCGACUGUACCAGAUCGCUCACCUGCUCCACAAGCAUCGACUUCGCUACGGGCUGUCGCUUUUGUACCAAGCAUUAGCAUCCCAGCGACGGAGUCCCACGAUGGGGAGUUGACUUCUCAUGCCGGGGCGACACACGACCCUGCUGAUACCGGAAGUAUGGUCACAACAGAAGAACAGGCAACGCUAUCUCAGAAACCCAGCCCGACUGAUCCUGAUGAUGAAGAGCUAAGCGACCUUGAUGAUGACACUGAGAGUCUUUUUACCGACGAAUUGAACCUCGAACGCGAAGAGUACAUUGUACCGCUAUUUAUAGAGGGACGACAGAGGGACGAUUAUUCUGGGCGCCUCGUGCACAAGAGGGAGCUUCUGGAGCAAUUUCUGGAGGAUCCCCGCGGCUUCAACCAACUCGACAAGGUGGAAGAAGUCGUCUCGUAUUUGAGAGCUCUUGAAACCCACAUCGACUUAGUCUUUCUUGAAGCCGAAUCAGCUCCGUCAGCAACACAAGUUGAAUCCUCGACCCAGUUCGGGAUGGAAAACUCUUCCAAAUUCAGGUUUCUUCACUCGUUGUUUCACCACUUGCGCGAUUGCAAUAAGCACGUUGUGUUGGUUACCGAGAAAGAUGAUGAUGCGCUAUUCAACAUCCUUGAGACGUUCUGCAAAGCCAAGUUUGUCAACUACAACAUGCCUAUAAGGGGUCGCCGAGCGGUCCCAGCGCAGAUUGAAGGCAGCUUGACUAUCACUAUUAUCCCAGGUGAUGCCUCGCCCGUCAUACGGGCGCCGGAUCUUAUCAUAUGCCUCGAUGGUUUCCAGGAAGCAUCUCAGAUCCGGCAGAAGAACUGGGCCCGGUCUUCUGGCCAGGACGUUGUACCCAUUCUCCACUUGGUGAUACCCCGAACUGUGGGUCAUAUUGAGCGCUAUAUCUCGCCAGCCUUGGAUCACCGGGAGCGAUUGCAUACAAUCUUAGCCAGCCUAGCCCAGAUACGUGGACUACUUGGGAAGCCUAUCAGUGAAGACACCCCCCGGGCACCAGUCGCCGCCAAGAGGAUUGUGAAAUGGCUUACUGCCGCAAUUGACGAUGAAGGAUUGAGUUGGCCCCUGCCUUCUAUUGGUAGCGUGAAGACUAUCAUCGAGUAUCAGACGCAGCUCUCGCAGCCGUCGACUACACCUCCGAUACCUGAUCGUCCGAAGCGGCCCCUGGACGCUGAGGAUCUUGACCCAUCAAAGCGCAUGCGCUUCACGCCACAACCACAACCACAACCACAAGCCGCUACGAGCUCAAGCAUUACCGACGAGCCUGAAGUUACUCGCAUCAGCGAUUCUAUGCCUGGUACAGCAACAGAUGAAACGAGUUUUCGAAGACAGCUCGUUAGAUCAGAGGAGGCUUACAAAGCAGAACAACAGCGUUUCCACGACCACGAGGAAAUGUGGGACAAACAACAAACUGUGCACGAGAACGUCACGCGGGCUUACCGGCUCCUUCUCGGGCAGCACAAGACUGCAGAAGAGAAGCUCGAGACUAUGACAAAGAACAACGAGACGCUUCGUGAACGCCUUGCCAAUAGAACGAGUGAGAUGCGACAACUAAGCGAACAGCUUGAAGAACAGCGCGCCACGCAUCUGCUCUCCAAGGACGGACAAAUUGCCGAGAUAACUCGUCUACGAAAGGAGCUCGCAACCGCGCAGGAAGACAAACAACGCGCGCUCAAGGCUACUCAGAGCGCCGAAUCAACGCUCGAAUAUACAAAGGAGCAAUACCGUCUCGCCCAAGACGCGGCCUCGACGUCCCAGGUCACGGUUGACGAACUCACUACUUCCAAUGCUACAUUGCAACACCAAGCCUCUGGUCAAGUCGCGAAGCUCAAAGCGCUGCACCUAGAUCGACAGUAUGAAAAUCAGGAUAAACAGCUCAGAAGCGUACGCGCUGAGAAUGCGAUACUGAGGAAAUCGCUUGCGCAGAAGGAUGAAGAGUUGCAGAGGGCGAGGAAUAACCCGGGGCGUGCUGGAGUGGGGACGAGGGCGCAUAGUAUUACGCCCCAGCCGAGAGUGAGGAGUAGAGCGGCGAGUCCGAUGGGAGGGCGGUUGAGUAGUCUGAGGAAUUCGUAGGUGGAUGGGUCGAACUUGGAGAGAAUCAUGUGUCUGAUGAAUGAGAUGAGAUGUGAAUCAUGUUCUUUGCUUUGGUUUUACCGGAUUGGAUGGCAAUACUUAGGUAGACCUUUGCACGCCCUGGCGUAUUGCGGUGUUUGUUCUCUUAAUCUAAUAUUCUGUUCUAUUCUAUGGAGCACUCUGGAUGUUUGCACACUUCAUACUAUAAUUGCAAUGUUAUGUUAUUCUCUAUUUUUUCUUCUCGGUGUCAAUUCAUCCAUCUGCAAAUAGAAUCCUCCCAAAUCCAUUUUCAAAUUACACUAGUAAACCACCUGCUUCGAUCCUUUAUUCUGCAAAGAGUUUGCGACGCUUAGGCCGUCAACAUCGUCAGCAGCCAAAUCCUUAGUACCAAUCUGAUGACGCGCACGCCAUGGUUCCCCAAGUUUCGCGUCGUGCUGCCCGUUGUCCACUAGCG